CCAGGCACAGAGUCCCAUCCCUGCGUGAAGAGAGGAGCCUGCUGUGCUGAGAAUCUGCUUCCCAGAUGCUCACAGGAGCUGUGCUGCCUUCCAGAGACUCAAGAGGGGGUGAAGAGCAGCAGAGAACACGGCAAACUUCACUCUUCCCUGCAGAGCAAGCCAGAAACUGCUGUAAAUGAGCUUUAAUUCGCAGCCCAGGACCUCAGCUGGCAUCUGCUCCACAGGCAGGGAAGCUCUGACUGACAGCCCAGCCCCUGAAGAUGGGUAGGGACAGACAUCCCGAGUGGAACUGCUGAGCAGACACAGCAUCAAUCUCCACCCAGUCAGGCCUCCAAGCCAAUUUUAAGGCAGAAUCAGGACUGACACAAGGAAAUGAAAAGCAUCAGUGAUCUCCUCCUGGGAGAAACUUCAAUUUGAGAGCCUUUGGAAUAUUUUUGUUAUUUAAAUAUUGAAUCUCCCCACCCACCACCCCCACCCCGAAGAUAGGAAUGAUUUUAACUGGCAACUCCAAGAAUUCUCACUGCUUAAUCCUGGAAAGGAGGAUGAAGAGCCUCAGUUCUGUGUAGCCUCACUUGUGCACCCCAAGAAAGAUGCCAGAGGAGUUCAAUUGGACUUGGAAAUGGUGGUUAUGAGCUGUGCUGUGCUGGUGAAAACUUAGGGACAAAGGAAACCAGGCAGAUGGUGCCUGUAGGACCUUCUGAGGACUGAUCUCAGCCCUGUUUCUGCCUGGCAGGGGGGGGUGCAGCACAGCAGCCUCGCAUGGACACUCCCAGCCACCCACCAUGGCUUUCCUCCCUGGGAACUCCUCCAACUGCUCCAACUGCACCCACUCCGCGGAGCCCGUGAACAUUUCCAAGGCCAUUUUGCUGGGGGUUAUUCUGGGGGGGCUGAUUGUUUUUGGGGUGUUGGGCAACAUCCUGGUUAUCCUGUCGGUGGCCUGCCACAGGCACCUCCAGAGCGUCACCCACUACUACAUCAUCAACCUGGCCGUGGCCGACCUCCUGCUGACUUCCACCGUGCUGCCCUUCUCGGCCACCAUGGAGAUUUUGGGCUACUGGGCCUUCGGGAGGAUCUUCUGCAACAUCUGGGCGGCCGUGGACGUGCUGUGCUGCACGGCUUCCAUCAUGAGCCUCUGCAUCAUCUCCAUCGACCGCUACAUCGGGGUGAGCUACCCCCUGAGGUACCCCAGCAUCGUGACGGAGAGGAGGGGCCUGCUGGCGCUGCUCUGCGUCUGGGCACUGUCCCUGGUGAUCUCCAUCGGGCCCCUCUUCGGCUGGAAGGAGCCGGCCCCCGAGGACGAGACCAUCUGCCAGAUCACCGAGGAGCCCGGCUACGUGCUCUUCUCAGCCCUGGGCUCCUUCUACCUCCCCCUGGCCAUCAUCCUGGUGAUGUACUGCCGGGUCUACGUGGUGGCCAAGAGGGAGAACAAAGGCCUGACCUGCGGGCUGAAGACGGAGAAGUCGAGCUCGGAGGAGGUGACGCUGAGGAUCCACCGCCGCAACGCGCCCGGCGCCGGCGGCCCCGCGCCCAACCCCAAGAGCAAACACCACUUCUCCGUCAGGCUCCUCAAGUUCUCCAGGGAGAAGAAGGCAGCCAAGACCCUGGGCAUCGUCGUGGGGUGCUUCGUUCUCUGCUGGCUCCCGUUUUUUGUGGUGAUGCCCCUGGGCUCUUUCUUUCCUGCAAUCAAACCCCCGGACACCCUUUUUAAAAUAACAUUCUGGCUGGGAUAUUUAAACAGCUGCAUCAACCCCAUCAUCUACCCCUGCUCCAGCCAGGAGUUCAAGAAAGCUUUCCAGAACGUCCUGAAGGCUCAGUGCCUCCCCGGCAAGCAACCAGCUAAGAAGAAGCAAACCCCGAGCUUCAACCUCAACCACCCCGCCAACCAGGCCGUGGGGAGCGGCCAGGGGGUGCUCAGGAUCCCCGUGGGCUCGGGGGAGACGUUCUACAGGAUCUCCAAGGCGGGCGGGGUGUGCGAGUGGAGCGUUUUCUCGGCCGCGCCCGCCGCGCCGGCGAGGAGCGCCGUGGCCAAGGCCAGGAGCAAAGGGCUCCUCCAGGAGUGCUGCUGCGCGGGCACCUCAGGGAGCCUGGCCCAGGGCAGCUGCAGGGUGCCCACCAUCAAGGUCCACAGCAUCUCUGUGAGCGACGGAGGGGAGGACGUUUAA